AUGCCUGCUCCUCCACCACCUCCGCCGCCGCCACCACCACCUCCUCCAAGCAUGGGAGGACCUCCACCUCCGCCGCCUCUACCUGGAGGCUCCCUGCCUAUGGCUCCGGCUAAAUCAGUUGCAAAAGGACGAGACGCGUUGUUAUCAGACAUCACGAAAGGAACAAGAUUGAAGAAGGCUGUCACGAAUGACCGUUCGGCACCUCAAAUAGGCAGUACUUCUGGAGGCGGAGGAGGGCCUAUAGCAGGAGCGCCGCCGGUCCCCGGAGGAAUCAAAGCACCCAGUGGCCUCGCGCCCCCAGUCCCAAGCGGUGGGAAUCGAGCCCGGAGUCACAGUGAUGCAGGAGGCGAUUCCAGUCUCGACGGGCCACCGCAGUUGGCGGGGAUACUCGCUGGAGGAAUUCCAAAGUUAAGGAAGACGCGAGGAGGAAUCGAUACCGGAGCCAGUGUGGACGGUGCUCAUUCAGAUUCAGAAACAUCUACACCACCCGCUCCCCGGCCUCCUCUGGCUGCAGCGCCUCGUCCACCAACAAUAGCUGCUCCUCCAGUCCCAGGCUUCAGACCUCCUCUACCGCAGUCAACAGACUCCGCUCCGGCAGUUCCAAGUCCACUGGCCCAUCUCAAGAAACCUCCUCCAAAACCAUUGUCCAAGCCUUCGUCUGUAGCAAAUCUUAUAGCCGGAAAGCCACCACCUCCUCCGCCAGCGGCGCGGAAAAUCAGUAGUGCUGCUGCUGCUGCUCCUCCUCCUCCCGCUCCUCCACCACCUCCACCUUCGUCUAUGGGCCCUGUCCUUCUCGCAACACGUCCACCGCCGCCCUCGAUAAGUCCAGCUCCCCCAGCGCCUCCACCGCCGCCGCCAGCAACAAGCCCUGCCCCUCCAGCACCCCCUCCAGCACCUCCGUCGAUAAGUCCAGCUCCUCCCGCUCCCCCGCCGCCGCCUCCAAGCUCAGCACCUGCAUUAGCACCGCCUCCUCCACCAUUGCCCCCUUCUACCUCUCCAAGACCGCCGUCUAGGUCAACCCCCCCUCCACCUCCAGGCCCACCUCCACCACCCAGUCAACCACCGACAACAAAUGGUGCAGGUUCAUCUCUAGCACAAAGGGCAGCAGCAGCCGCAUUCGGUAGACAAUCAUCUUACUCAAUCCACGAAGCACCGCCCUCACCGUCAUCGCCCGUGUCCCCGCCUGCUUCUCGACGAGUAUCGCAAAUGCCAUCGCGCUCAACACUGGAUGCAAGUUCAUAUACUCUGACCAAUGGGAGUUUACUUGGCGUCUCGAGCGGCCCAGGUCCGAUUAGAGUUGAUGAUAGCCGGUGGAAGUUUCAGGACGAAAGCCAAUUCCCUCCGCCACGCCCAUUUACAGGUGUGCCAAAAAGAUACCGUGCAGGAAGGGGGAGUAGUGUUCCGCUUGACCUUGCGAGUUUAGGAUGA